AUGGCCAAGAAAAAGCAGACACGUGAUGAGAUAUUUGGGGCUACCAGCGGGAAACCUCGGCAACUUUCUGCAUUACCACCGGAUGAACAGCCUGCGCCAAGAGAAAAGCGGAUCCGGUCUUCUACCGAUCCCAGUUCACACUGCCAAGAAAGGUGGGUAUCACAAGCGGAGAUGAAGCGCGGAGUGCAUGGGUGGAUCUUGAUGCCGGUGGGCAAACGGGUCCUCUUGUGGCAAAAACUACGGUUAUCAAGAUACAAAUUGCAAGCAUGCCUAGCGCAGAUGUCAAGCCGGUAG